AUGACCUGUGAAGGCAACCAAAUUUCUGAUGGGGAUAAAAUGAUAUGGGAAAACACGGGUAGUUUCACCAAGGAAUGUCAAGUUUCUGAAGAGAUUCAGAGCUACAGUUCUGUGAAGGUUGCAGAUGUCAGUCCAAAGGUCCAAAGUUCUAGUGCAUCUGAUUUGAAAGGGUCUGAUGCUUUGUCUGACUCUAGAUUUAAAAACCAAGCAAAAGAUGAUGGUAGUAGAUUUAACACAAAGAGUAGGAACCCACAUGUGGAAGAUGCACAAAUGCUGGCUUUAGGUGGAAGGAUAAUAGAUGACAUGAAUGAUGUUGACCUGAGCAGUUCAGCUCCAGAAAAUUGUCAAGUGGUGAUAACUGAUUGUGGAAACGAAAAACCUGAACAGCUAGACCUUCCAAAUUCCUGCUAUGUUGGAGGACAGGUUUUCCAGGAAAAUAAAUUGCACUUAAAUGAUUGUGUUUCAGUAUUUUCCCUGAAGAAUCCCAGCAGAAAAAUGUUCUUCAAUUUUUUGAUUCAAAAGAAACAGAAGGAACUGGUGCCUGAAGAAGUGAAUCAGAAAUUUCCAGAACCCUUUCCCUAA